CAGUCAUUUUCCUCCAAAAUGGCACUCUGAUCGGUAGUCGUCACGCACCGCAAAGAAAUCGCCCCGGAAAAAGGACACCAUUGCGGUUCGAUUCCACCAGUGAAAAAGUGAUAGUUCGCUACUAGUUCCAUCGCUGCAUCUGAUAGUAACUUCACCGGCUCAACACGUGGCUGAGGCACAUGUAGUGAAUAAUUUCAAUUAUCAGUAAAAUCACUGAAUGUCUUCCAAAUUAAAUAUAGUAUAUUGAUAAAACUUGCAUAUAUUGUAGAAGAACUAACGCAUACAUAAAAGUGUAUUUAUCAAACAAUAAAGUUAAGUAAAUAGUAACAAAUUAAUAAGCAAGUUAAAUCAAAACCGGAAAACAUGUCUUUCCUGAACAACCUUCGCUCGUUGCCUCUGCCACCGGUGAAGAACGUCCUGAACGUGGCCAUGCAAACCGCACGCCAGACGAUUCCAUCGAAAAACAAACAGAACGACUAUGAGCAACCGGUUGGAGAGAAUGUAGGACCGGCAGCUGGCGUGCGGUCACCACCACAAGUACCUCCGCGGCCACAAAAUGUCCACUUUGCGGAAACAGAUGGAGACACUGGUGGAACGACCGAAUUGAAUCCGCUGAAUCCGUUUACCAACCCGAAAGCAUACUACCAAGAAGGAACUGAUCAACCGUCCGCUGGGCAGUACCAAGAAACGGGAUUCAACCAACCUAGCGAUUUCGAAAAUGGAUAUCAGGCGGGCGGCUACCCACCGAGGCAAGGCAGUGUUCAAUCAUUUGGAUCGGAUAGUACAUUUGCUGGUGGCUGUGAAGGGGAGGCACCCGGAGGCAUGAAAAUCAACGAGUAUCAGGCAGCGUGGAACGUCACAAAUGCCAUUCAGGGCAUGUUCAUCGUAUCGCUUCCGUUUGCCGUUCUUCGUGGAGGCUAUUGGGCCAUCAUAGCUAUGGUAGGAAUUGCGUACAUUUGCUGCUACACCGGGAAAAUCUUGGUGCAAUGCCUGUACGAGCCGGACCCCCAAACAGGAGAACCUGUACGAGUUCGCGACAGCUACGUAGCAAUAGCUAAGGUUUGCUUCGGGAAGAAAAUCGGUGCCCGAGUGGUAAGUAUAGCGCAGAUCAUCGAACUGCUGAUGACCUGCAUAUUGUACGUGGUAGUCUGCGGCGAUCUGAUGGCCGGAUCGUUCCCCGAUGGUGCACUGGACACCAGGUCGUGGAUGAUGCUGUGCGGUAUAUUCUUACUUCCAUUGGCUUUCCUCAAAUCGCUUCACCAUGUCUCGUUGCUGUCGUUCUGGUGCACGAUGUCGCAUCUGUUGAUCAAUGCCAUCAUCGUGGGCUACUGUCUGCUGGAGAUUGGCGAUUGGGGAUGGAGUAAGGUCAAGUGGCGAAUGGAUUUUGAAAAUUUUCCAAUCUCGCUUGGUGUUAUUGUCUUCUCCUACACGUCACAAAUCUUCCUCCCGACGCUGGAAGGAAACAUGGAGGACCGUUCCAAAUUCAACUGGAUGCUCGACUGGUCACACAUUGCCGCAGCUGCAUUCAAAGCCCUUUUUGGUUACAUUUGCUUCCUGACGUUCCAAAAUGACACCCAGCAGGUCAUUACAAAUAACCUGCACUCACCUUCCUUCAAAGGUUUGGUCAAUUUCUGCUUGGUGAUCAAAGCGAUCCUCAGUUAUCCACUGCCAUUCUUUGCCGCGUGUGAACUGUUGGAGCGAGCGUUCUUCCGCGGAAAGCCAAAGACCCUAUUUCCGGUUGUUUGGGAACUGGAUGGGGACCUGAAGGUUUGGGGUCUUGCAUGGAGAUUGGCUGUCAUUCUUGGAACGAUCAUGAUGGCUAUCUUUAUUCCGCACUUUUCGAUCCUGAUGGGUUUCAUUGGCAGCUUCACGGGUACGAUGUUAAGCUUCAUCUGGCCGUGUUACUUCCACUUGAAACUCAAGGGUCACCUGCUGGAUCAAAAACAGCGAGCGUGCGAUUAUUUUAUCAUAUUUUUGGGCGUAUUGUUCGGCGUGGUCGGAAUCUAUGAUUCCGGUAGCGCUCUUAUUAAAGCGUUUGAAAUUGGUCUUCCGUUUUAAAAUCUGUCUGCUUUCAAAACCGCACUGUAUAGUUAAGUACCAGUUGAUGAUAAGGUUAGGACGCUCAGUUAAGAUGUUCUUCAUUUAGCAAAGCAAAUCCAGCAAUUAUAUUCAGCAAGUGUUGAAGAGUUAUGAGAACAAACCUCCCACAUCCAAGUUAAACUUAACUUAGAUCUUCUUAGAAACCACCUAUUAAACUACUCGGAAAUGAAACUAGUUUGAGUUAAAAAUGGAAGGCAAAUACAUAGAACUGUAGGUAUACUGAGUUCAACGCACGCAUUUAAAAUUAAGACAUAUCCUAAGCAUACCAAAUGUAUAAAUCAAGUACAGAAAUCAAGCGGAAAUUACAAUAACAUUAAGAAACUACUCCAAAUUUAUUGUUAAAAAAAAUGAUCAAUGUCUUCCUGAAUGUGUGCACGGUCAGAAAAAUCAAAUCGAAUUAUAAUCCAACUGUCUUCCAGUUUGUAGAAUCUUAUUAAAUUCUGCAAAAAAAAUCAAAUCAUGAUUCAACAGACAUUAAGAAUGCAUAAAAUAGUUAGUUAAAGUGUGUGAAAAGACAAACAAAAAAAUCAAACGCAAUAAUCGAACGAGAAACAGCGUGUAGAAAAUGCAAAGAAGGAAACCCAUUUCACUGUGUACCGACAAUAAAAGACAAGAAAACAAUACAGUAUUUAAACGAUACAAAUAUAUUUACUAACCUUAUUAUACUAUUGAUUGAUGAAAGGAGUAAUGAUCUCUCUAACCUAAAGCAGAUAAACAAAGUGUUGAAUCCUAAAGCCAUUAGAAAUAGGAGCUAAGAAAAUGAUUUAGACAUUUUAAAUUAUCUGUAACAAUUUAUUGAAAAAAAAAACAACAAAUCUGACCGCAACAAUGUCUUCCAGCAGAUGCAAAAGCUGCACGUAUUUAAAUUUCAAACGUUGAAAGUAAUCUAAUUAUUUACGAUUUGUUAUCAUACAUUCAUUCGAUGUGUUGUGUUACUAGUCACACCCUUACUCAUUUUCACUAAUUCUAUGUAUGUUUUACAAAGCGCUUAUAAGUUGUUAUGUUAUAUUUAAUCGCCAAGUGUUAUACAAAGUAUAUGCUUAUAUUACUGUAUUCAAAGUAACAAUAUAGGUGUCCAAAUAAAUAGUUAACUGAAA